AGGGCCUGGGCCCUGUGUUCAGCACAGACAGCCUGUGCGAGGCUGCUGACGCUGCCGGCGGCCCCAGGCGCUUGCCCAAGCCUGUGGGUCUUGACUAGAGCGUUGCUUGCGGUGGAAUGGAGGGCCCUGAGCUCUGGGAAAGGCAGUUGUGGGGGGAAAGCUCAUCUGCAUCAGCCCAGCCUAAUUCUGGGGCAGGCAGAGCACUGAGCAAGUGAGAAGCAGCUGAGGUCAGAGCUCACCAGCCCUGGGCUUUGACCUGCCAGGAACUGCCCAGACCAGCCUUGUCUGGGCUGGGUUCCGUUCCCAGGGAGCUUUGUCCUGCAGACUCUGCUCUCAUGACCUGAACUGCCUUCACUGGGUUGCUGAAGCCCUUGUUGAGGCUGUUGUGCUCAAGAGUGUCAUCUUUAGCUUUUGGAUCUUUUCAAUUAACUGGUAAUCAAUGUGUUUGAUCUCGUGUCCCCCCUUGCUGCCAUCUGGUGACAAGUGCUCCAAGAAGUGCCCCGACUCCGUGACUCCCAUUACAACCAAACAAGUGCCGCCAGUCCUGCCAGUUUACAACCAACAGAACGGAGAGAGCUGCAUCAUCCGGACCAGCGUAGAGGAGGACAGAAGUGGCAACAUCUACAGGAGCAUCCUGCUGACUAACCAAGAGAAGGCUCCUGCUGUCAUCCAGAGAGCCCUGGAGAAGCACAGCCUGCAGUGUGGCUCGGCCGAGGAUUACGAGCUGGUACAGAUCAUCUCCGAGGACAAAGGUGGGGAAGCAGAACUCUGCUGCUGCUGCUUGAACGGUGCUGCUGCAUUUUGACGGCAAGAGUGACACGCGAAGCGACGUCAGGAACGCCACGGACACGUUGUCACAGCUGCCGGUGAGAAUAAACCCCUAAGGCUGAGUGGUGCGCCAACUGACGCUGGCUCUGCUCCCUCUCUUGCAGAGCUGGCGAUCCCACCCAAGGCGAACGUGUUCUACGCCAUGAACACCCAGGCCAACUUCCAUUUCAUCCUGAGGAGAAAAGCUGCAGCACAGGAGGAGCCUGCGCCCCAUGGAUUUUAAUGGUUGAGCCUUCUAUAGGAUUUACUGCUUAUAUUAUAACUAUGGAAACGUUUUUUCCCCAGGUUUAGUCGGGAGUUGAUAUAUUUGAAUAUGUGACCUGUAUAUACUGUUUGAGCUUUGUAUAAUAUUUAAUAUUUAUAUAACAAGUCUAUUACCUUUUUUCCAGUUCUUGUCUGCAGUUCAUGUAUUGUAAUACUUGAUGUUUUUAUCAUAUUUAAUCUUUACAUACUUGCAUAGAAACAUUCAUUAGUAUAUAACCUUUUUUCCACUAACUUCUGCCUGGAGUUACUAUAUUUCAAUAGCUUAGCUUUACAGAAUAUUUGAGCUUUGUAUAAUAUUUAAUAUCUUUAGAAUAAGUACAUAAACUCUUUUCCACUAAUUUCUAGUUGGAGUUAAUAUAUUUAAAUGCUGUAUCUGUAUAUAAUAGUAGAGAUUUAUUUA